GUCUGUGAAAAGUGGUCAAAGUGGUUGAUUGUUCGUUGAAUUUUGGUCGCUGCUGUGCGUAAACGUGAAAUAAACACAGUCGCUUGAAUUGGGCCAUGGCGAACGAAAUAGUGUCCUUUUUUAAAAAACACAAUAGUUUAUAGACCUUGUUUAAUUUUCGUGAACGAAAGUCAUGAUGGAAAUUGUCGACGUUGAAGAAUGCCAGCCCGACCCUACAGCGGUCACUAGAAAGAAAAGUUUAUGGGCUAAAAUUAACAAUAGGACAACGUACAGUUAUUUAUUUAACAUCGUAGUAUCAAUACUGUUGCUCACAUGCCUGGUUCUGGUGCUUUAUUUUUUCAAGGAGUAUCUAAAGACGAUUUUAUACUGGGUAGACGCUCAGGAUCCGUGGAUAAUAUUUUUGUUAUUUAUGGGUUUAUUUUUGAUCGUCAGUUUUCCAGUGACGAUAGGAUAUUUAGUGUUGAUAAUAACUAGUGGAUAUUUAUUCGGGAUCGUUAAGGGUUUAGUAACUGUUUUGGUGAGUGCGAACUUUGGCGUGGCGGUGGCUCACUUUACCCUGAAAGCGUUGCGGAACUACCUGCCUCUGGACCGGCUGCUCAAGAACGAGACGGCGCGAGCCCUACUGAAGGUGAUCUCGGGGCCGCAAGCCUUCAAAAUUGUAUUUUUCGCGAGACUGACGCCAAUACCUUUUGGAUUGCAGAACACAAUAUUUGCUGUAAGUGACGUGGGUGGUUGUGGGUACCACCUAGCGACGAUGCUGGGCCUAUUGCCAGCGCAGGUGAUCAACGUGUACCUUGGUUCCACGCUGCGGUCCAUGCACGACGUGCUGCAUGAGUCCCACCUUACUGGAUACGUCGUGUUUGCGUUUCAGAUCCUGAUUGGCAUAACAUUGAUGCUGUGGGUGGUGCAGAAGGCGCGCAAAGAGCUUACGAUAGCCAUUAUGGCAGCGGAACUAGGUCGGGAGACGAUAUCCACCUCCACCAGCUCCUCAAUCAGCUAGCCAACACCCAGGGCUUCCACAGACGUGGACAGCGUCUCCGAGGAACCGUCGAGCUAGGGCUGGCCCUACGCCUGCUUUCGACACACGUUCGAAGCCCGCGAAGAAGAAACUUACGUAUGAAAUAAAGGGUUCGUUACAACCCUGUGAUAUUAUAUUAUAAUCGCCAUGUUACCUCCAAGAGGAUUAGAUUAAACUGACAUGUGAGGAACUCGGAAGGUUAUCGUUGAUAUUUGUGAGACUUUCCUUGUAUUAUAUUGUUUAUCGACAUAGGUGAGUAGUAGAUUAUGUAUAUGUGAUGUGUACUAAUGAAUCUCGCUCAGUAACUGACUGACGUGUAUGGAAUACUUAGUUUGACGUUUGACAGGACAACCCGUGCCUCAAGACAAGGUUCAUUGCCAACGACGGCGACGCAAGAAUUGUAAGUCGCGUUAAAAAGAUUUGCGUGCGAAAUUAAUACACGAUUGUUUCCAUGAAGUUUACGAUUGUACUCGGAUAUUUUCGCAAACGUUCGUCACAAAUGUUUUAUUGUAGGAAAUACCGCGAAAUAAAUUAUAAUUUGCUAGUUUUACGCAACUGCCGUUCAUGUCACAUGAGACUUUUGGCAAAUACCAGAGAUUAGGAUUUGUCGUCCAAUAUUGGGUAUUGAUCAUUAUCCAGAUUUGUCUGGAAACAUCUGAAAACCACGCGAGUCUUGUUAGGUUAUAGUAAUAAAUAAUUGUUAAGAGUAAAAUCUAGAUGAUUAACGUCUUCUGAUGGCAGCUAAAAUAUUUUAAUUUAUUUCAUUCUUACCGCAAAACGAUUUUUUUUAAAUAUUGAAAAAAUAUUCCUGCUCACGGGUACAAUCACUGUCAAACGUAUUAAGGGUAAUUGUUAAAAAAAUACGCGUGCAAACAAAUACAUGCUCAAAUAGCAAACCACAAAUUAAUAAGCAAACCUAAAAAGUAAAGAGUAUAAUUGACAAUUAUUUAUUAUAGAACCAUUUUGCACGAGUAAUUUUAUUAUUAUUAUAUUAUCAACUGAUAAUUCAAACACGUCGGAGGUCGGGACAAGGUCUGUUUUAUUACGGAACCAAAUAGCUUAAGUGAGUUGCACAUGUAAUUAUGUACUCUAUGGUGUAUAUAUAGAGUCCACUUAAACGUAAAACGCUAGCUAAACAGAUAAAUGGAGAUAACUCAUUUCAUGAAAACCCCGGGACGUCAUAAACGGCCAUUUUUAGUACAUUAUUGACAUUAUGUCAAUAACAUUCCUCGAGUGGAGUUUAUUCAAGUUUAAACGAUGUGUGAUAGGAAUUUGGUAUCUCCCUUUUUCUCAUCUGAUAUACAAUAGUUUAAGGAAAACCAAAAUAUUGUAUGAAAUGUACAUAGUCGGUAGAUUUUCCAGUUGGGUACCAGACAAUUUAUUUUUCAACGGUUUUUUCAGCAAAUGAAAUACUUUUCGGAAUUUAUAUUCGUAGUGUUUAGUAUUAAUGUUGUUGCCAAAUUUUAUCGCAGGUAAAGGAGUUUCGAUAUUUUACAUUUUAAGGUAUAUUUUUUUUAGAUGAUUCUUUUCGUGAUGAUCCUGGGCACA